AUGCUCGCCAGCGUCGCCGACCCUCCCGCCGAUCGCCGCGCGUCCGCCUUCCGCCGGUUCCCGCCGGGCUGCGGUCGCCGCACCAAUGCCGCCGCGAGGCUUCCCCCUCGACAUCCGCUUCAGGCAACCGCCGCCGCCGCCGCAUCCGAACCCCCGCUUCCGAACCCCUCCCUCGCGCGCGCGGCCAACAGAACCGCCCCACCGGCACCGCAGCCAAAGCGAGCCCGCCCCGCGGCCGCCUCCUCCUCCGGGGCCGCGGGGCCCGGUCCCGGCGUGGGGAGCGGAGGGGAGGCCGCGGCGGCGGUGACAACCGCGCGCCGCGUCUCGGCCGUGCGGAGGUACCCGCCGGGCUGCGGGCGUGACGUCGCGGCGCCGAAGCCGAAGCCGCCUGCCUCGGCGCGCCGCGUCUCGGCCGUGCGGAGGUUCCCGCCGGGCUGCGGGCGUGGCGUCGCGGCGCCGGAGCCGCCUGCCUCGGUGGGUGAAGGGAAGGGUGAGGCCGGCGCGGGCGAGACAACCGCGGUGCAAUGCGACAGCUACGCCACGGCGAGACCUUGCGAUCCGGAAGAGUUCAGUUCCAAUGGUGUUGUGCAGAACGAAGGCGGCGGUGAUGCCGGCGCGCAGGAGGGAGCUGAUGGGAAGCCUUGGGCGGUGACUGGCCUCAUGGCGGUGCCGUUCUUGCCAUCGGCGCAGUAUGGAAGCAGGUCGUGA